UCUAGUGUGAUCAUCAUGAAGGUAUUACUUUGCUUAUUAGGAGUAUCGGCCUUGGCCUGUGUUGCUUAUGGCUGUUCUGAUAAGAAUAGAAGUUGUCCUAGUUGGGCAAGGAGAGGAUACUGUAAAGGAAAAUAUGAGAACUUCAUGAAAAGGAAUUGUCAAAAAUCCUGCAAAAUCUGCGGUGGAGGUGGCGGAGGAGGCGGCGGAGGAGGAGGAGGUGGUGGUGGAGGAGGUAGCGGUCAGUGUGGAUUCAAACCAAGWGUGAGGAUUGUCGGUGGAACCGARGCACCAAAAGGYGCAUGGCCAUGGCAAGCACAACUCAGAUCAACCUCAGGUUUUCCAUUCUGUGGUGGYACGUUAGUCCAUCCUCAAUGGGUUGUUACCGCUGCCCACUGUACCCAGAAAAGUGCUUCUAGUAUCCGUGUCAGGCUGGGUGCUCACUACCGCACAAGCAAUGUUGGAACAGAACAAGACUUCCAAGUUGAAAGAGUGAUCAACCAUAACAGCUACAAGCGACCAUACGGCAUGGCUCACGAUAUCUCACUGCUGAAACUAAGAACACCUGCUCGAAUAAACAAAGCUGUAAACCUKGCCUGCCUUCCUUCUUCCAGUGGAGCGGUACAAGAUAACAAARUGUGCUGGGUUACAGGAUUCGGACGGCUAUCAUCGGGAGGUUCAUCCCCAAGGGUCUUGAUGCAAGUCGAUGUUCCUGUCGUUAGUCAGUCCACAUGUAAAAGAGCMUAUGGCUCUUCCAUUCAUGACUCUAUGGUCUGCGCUGGACUCGCCCGAGGAGGAAAAGACUCCUGUCAGGGUGACUCUGGAGGUCCUAUGGUCUGUGAGCAAGGAGGCAAAUAUUACUUAGAGGGGGUAGUGUCGUGGGGCCAUGGCUGUGCUGCUCCUGGCAAAUACGGAGUGUACGCACGUGUGAGAUACCUCAGGCAAUGGAUUGACAGCCAAAUGCGGCGAUACUAAACACUGUACUGAUCGUUACAAUAAAAGUACUGAAAAACAA